CCUAUAACCAGGACGUCUUUGACUAUGUACUUCGGUGAUGGCCAGUGGACAACUUUCGACAAAGGCAGGUCAACCACGCUGGAAUCUGAAGUGCUUCAAAGCCCCGGCCAAUAGCGAGUUCCUCCAGAUGCACCAGUUUGUGUUUGGACAGGGUUUGUUCAUCGUAGAUAGCCACCAGUGUGCAAUUGGCUUCUAGAGCGCGCGUCAGUGAGCCACCUUGAGGAAGCAA